AUGUCACACCUUCGAUUGCCACGGACCCCUGCUUGGAGGGCGAGGCCAGCCGUGCAAUCCUACGUCAACCGCCAACUUCGAAGAACACAUGCAGACCACCAACACAAUACCAAGUCGCUUGACUCCAUACUAAUCGCCAAUCGAGGCGAGAUAGCGCUAAGGGUGAACAGAACCGCGGCCAAGUACGGCAUUCGAACGACUACGCUCUAUACGGACCCUGAUGCUCGAUCACAACACGCUCAUUCGUCCCCAUUCUCGUUCAACCUCGGCGCGACCGCCGCCUACCUUGAUCAAGAGAAGAUCUUGUCGAUAGCCAAAGAACAAGGCUGCCAGGCUAUACAUCCCGGCUAUGGUUUCUUGUCUGAAAAUGCCGACUUUGCCCGCAGAUGUGCGGAGGAGGGGAUCGCGUUCAUUGGGCCCCCGGCGAGCGCCAUCGAAGAUAUGGGAGACAAGGCUAGGAGCAAGGAGAUAAUGAAUGCGGCCGGGGUGCCAUGCGUACCUGGAUAUCAUGGAAGCGAUCAGAACCCAGACACACUCGCACAGGAGGCCGACAAAAUCGGGUAUCCCGUUCUCAUCAAAGCUGUGCGGGGGGGAGGCGGCAAAGGCAUGAGAAUAGUAAAGAAUGCACAAGAGUUCUCAGAUAUGCUCGAGAGCGCUAAAAGUGAAGCGCGCAACUCUUUCGGGAACGACGAGGUUCUGGUGGAAAAGUACAUUACGACACCGCGACACAUCGAGGUCCAAGUCUUUGCCGACAAGCACGGAAAUUGCGUUGCCCUGGGCGAGCGAGACUGUUCCAUUCAGCGGAGACACCAGAAGAUACUCGAGGAGUCGCCGGCGCCAGAUCUAGACGACGUGAUUCGCAAAGACAUCUGGAACAAGGCUCGUGCUGCUGCUCUGGCUGUCAAAUACGAAGGCGCAGGGACCGUGGAGUUUAUCUUCGACAAUGACACUGGCGAGUUCUACUUUAUGGAAAUGAAUACCCGGCUUCAGGUCGAACAUCCGGUCACAGAAAUGGUGACAGGGCAAGAUCUCGUGCAUUGGCAAAUCCUGGUCGCUGAAGGUAGACCGCUUCCGCUAACCCAGGCCGAAGUCGAGGAGCAAAUCUCUCAACGUGGCCAUGCCAUCGAAGCCCGCAUCUAUGCAGAAAAUCCCGAUAAAGGCUUCAUUCCGGAUUCAGGGAAGCUCAUCCAUGUGCGACUACCUAUCGAAACCGAGGAUGUGCGCAUCGAUAGCGGCUUCGUCGAGGGGGACAUAGUCUCCAGUCAUUAUGACCCGAUGAUUGCAAAGCUGAUCAUACGAGGACCGAACCGAACAGAUGCCCUUCGUAAAUUGGCUCUGGCUUUGCAAGACUAUGAAGUGGCAGGACCAGCAACAAAUAUUGACUUUGUCAGACGAGUAUGCCGGUCUCCAGACUUCAUCUCCGGCAAAGUUGAGACAGGAUAUAUUGAAAAGCAUCGACAGGAGCUCUUUGCGCAAGCCCCAGUCACACCAGAAGUACUCGCUGAAGCAGCAAUAGCCUCGUAUCUACACAAUUCGAGCCACAAUACAAACAACACAGUCCUGCCAGUGUCGGCACAAUCGUCGACUUCAUGGCUGAACACUACGUCCGACUUCCAGCCUCGGAACUUCCACUUCCAGUCCGCAGAUUUCGAGCCAGGUCCGGGCAAAAGUCCUGAUGUCCACUCCAUUGAGGUUCACCAAACAAGCCCUGGCCAAUUCCUUUUCAAACAGCCGUCCGAUACAACGGCUACCACUGUGUCUUCCUCCCUUGACCCUUCUACGAAUACGCUGACUACUUAUUUCCCACACACGCGUCACACAUCCCGCGUGAUAUUUGCUCCGUCGAGUCCUGUGUCCAGUGGUGCAAUCCAUCUUUUCACUCCUGAUGGUUCUUUCCGUCUGUUACCAUGCCAACCAUCGUGGCUCGCCAAAGCCCUUGGUGUGACGGAGAAGGCAAAUUCAUUGCUUUCUCCUAUGCCCGCCAAGAUUUUGAGAGUGAUGGUCAAACCAGGGGAUGUCGUGACCAAGGAUCAACCACUGCUGGUCAUUGAAAGUAUGAAGAUGGAAACAGUUAUUCGGAGUCCGGCCUCAGACAUGACGGUGAAGCGGGUAGUUCACGGAGAGGGGGAGGUCGUUGGCAGCGGCGUUGAGCUAGUCGAAUUCGAAGCUGAAGCGACUGAGUAA